UGAAAGUUUUUUUUUACGGAGGCAAAAUGGAAGAAUACAAACAUUCAUUGUUUUUUGAAGCAAGAGACAUGACUGACAAGGAAAAGGACAAGGUGAGAAGAUACUUUCAGAAGAGAAGAGAGUCUGGAGGAGGUGAAUGUGGAGUUAUACAGAAACUUCCAGGAAACAGAUAUGUAAUCCGUUUCAAAGACAAAGAAGACCAGGAAAGGGUUUUGCAGAGAAAGGAUCACACCAUCUCUCUUCCCGAUGGAGAAGUUCGACUGACUGUGAGUCGGAUCAAUCCAACAGAAUCUCCGGAUCAACCAAAGACCAGUCAGACACAGAUUUUCACAAAAACAAACACGAAAAGGCUCGAGAAGAUUUACCAUUUGGAUGGUUUCCUCCUGUGUUACAUGAGAGACAAUCCCAAAGCUUUCAAAUAUCUCCAAAAACAACUGUCUUUAAUUGGCUGUGAGAUGGAGUUAAAGUGCAAUGAAGAGGAGGCUGUGGUAAGGGGAGAUGUGGAUAAGGGCCUUGGAGGAGCCUUCGGAGGUGUUGCAGAGAAAUGGGAGCAGCAGGUGGACCAGAUCAUCGCCUACAUUACCGAGGAGUAUGUCUGCUAUCAUGUAGUCGAGGUAAAGCAGGUCCAGGUGUUACUGCAGGAUCUGUCUUUUGUGAAUGAAGACAUCAAGGUGUACAGAGGGAGAGGAUACGCUGUGAUUGUGGGGAAAGCAGAGACUGUGAAAGAGAGGGUCGCAAUCCUUGAAGACUAUCAGAUGAACCAAGUCAUGAGUCAGGAUACAGUGAACCUGUCAAAUCCUAAAUUCGCUGAUUGCUUCGAUAAAAUCUUAGACCUGACUGGUGUCAAGUUACCCAACGUGACUUUAAAAGUCUCUCAUUUACCAAAUCCUUGUGUGAUCCUGUCUGGUCCCCAUUGCAAAGUUCAAGAAGCCAAGCAGGCUUUACUUUCAGCUUUGGCUUCUCUGACGUCAGACACGUUGGUUCUGGAAGGCACAGGAGCUCAGCGAUACUAUCAGGCAACUGGUAAAGACAGCAAGGAGCUGGUAGAGCGCUCCUUCCGGGUUAUUAUCAGGGAACAGCAAUGUGUGUCAACUCCAGAUGUAAAAAGCAAACAAAGAAGCUCCAGCAGCCCCAUGACUCUCCUCCCAAGACCUCCAGUUUCCGCUCACAAUGCGAGUUCUCCCAUCAACAAAGCCAACGUUGCCAUCAAGCUUGGUUCUUUGGAAGAUGAGCAGGUCAAUGUUCUGGUCAUCCCCAUGGUCAACAAACAGCUGACGUCCACACAGAUUGGUAACUGCCUUCUGGAGAAAGCUGGUAAUGCACUGAAAUCAAAGUUCAACUCUCUGGCGUUGAACUGCAGCCUCGCUCCUGGAGAUAUUCUGCAGGUUGACGGUCCUCCAUCACUGGGCUGCUCAAAGAUCUUCUUCAUUGAGUGUUUACCUUGGGAUGGAGUCAGAGGCACGAGUGUCCAGGCUCUUGGUAAAGGACUCAGACACUGCUUGGAUCUAUGUACUCAGCAGGGCUUCAGUUCGUUAGCAUUUCCUGUUAUCGGGCCUGGAAUACUGCUAAGAUAUCCUCUGAGUGAAGCCGUCCAAGUGCUCACUGACGCUGUUUGUGGGUUUGGAUCAUUUGCAUCAUCUAGUUCACUCUCCACCAUCCACAUCAUCAUCAAACCUGGUGACCCUGACUCAGACGAGCUCUGCCGUGACUUCUACCAACACCUGAGCACGAGCCAAGGUAAGGAAGAGAUCUUCAGAUCCCUCACCAGUGACCUGGAUGAAAUUAACAUCAUGUUGGGAGGUGGAAUUAAACUACGGAUGGUUUUUGGGGACAUCACCAAUGAGACUACGGAUCUUGUGGUGAACACAACAGAUUUCACAAAUUUUGACCACGAUGGUGUAUGCAAAAGUAUCUUAGCUAUAGCUGGACCAGAGGUAGAGGCAAAACUUAAAACAGUGACAAUAAACCCAAAAACCAUGGUUUUCACAAAGCCAGGACGGUUCCCCUGCAAAGCCAUUUUACACGUGUGUGGAGAGAAGUCCGCCAGCCGCAUUGAAAAGAUCAGUCAAAUGAUCAUCAAGUGCUGCGAAGCAAACUACUACACUUCUGUAGCAAUCCCUGCAAUCUGUGCUGGAGCCGGCGGGCUGCAGCCUGAACUCGUGGCAGGAGCAAUCCUUCGAGGGAUCAAGAGCGCCAUGACUUUUGCUCACUUUCACACCCUGCGCAAUAUUCGCAUCAUCCUGUAUAAGAUCAAUGUGUUCCUGGCAUUUCAGGAGGAAGCCAAGCAGAUUUUUUCCACUGCUGAAUAUUGCACAGGUGCCCUGCCUAAAACACAGCAACAAGAGCACCGGCUGUCAGCGAGCGCAGACCUCAGCAUUCUCAGCAACAGUCCUGAAAGUCAGUCUGCCUUCCUUUUCCUGGGUCUCAGCAGGAAGACCGUUGACGACGCCAUGGCGAAGCUGAAAGAUCUGUAUCAGAACCAGUGCUCCACUCACACCUUCAGAAAAGAGGAACUGCACAGCCUCGUGCAGGACGACGUGACAGAGCUAAUGAAGCUGAUCGAGACUCAGGGACUGUACAUACAAAAUAACCAGUCAGGCGACUUAUCUGUGAGCGGCCUAAAAGAUGGCGUCACCCAGGCGGUGAUGGCAUUCAAUGCAAUUCUCCACGGUAACCUCAAGAGAGAGAUGAGAGUCAAGGAGGAAGAGGAACUGUUCACCCGUGUGGUUUGGUGCAUCAUGAGCCACAAUCGUCACUGGGAGAGACUUCCCAAAACUGCAAAUUACAAUCUGGAAAAACAAGACUUAGCCACGGGAAUAGUGGAUGCACAUGGAGCCACGUGGACGGUAGAUCUAAACAGCAUGAAGGCCACAAACCUCAUGGUCGCAGAGCCCAGGAAGCUCAAACGACUGGAGAACCUGCCAGACUUCACCAUGCCUCUUUACUGGGACAGCAUGGCCCCCGGGGAGAACGUGAAGGUGGUGGAAGUGCUGCCUUCCUCUGCAGAGUACCAAGCUUUGAUGCGUGCUUUCAGAAAAACUGAGAGCAAGACUGUGAUGAAGAUUGAGCGUUUGCAGAACAUCCAUCUGCGUCGCGCCUACCAAGUCCAGAAGAAGCACAUUUCAGAGAAGAACAAGCAGGACGGGGGAGUGAGGGAAACAUUUCUGUUUCACGGGACCACCAAGGACAGCUGCAACUCCAUCAUGAAGACCGGCUUUAAUCGUCGUUUCUGUGGACAAAAUGGAACUGCAUAUGGUGCUGGUGUUUACUUUGCUGUGAAGGCAUCUUACUCAGCGAAUCCGCGCUACUCCAAGCCGGCUGCUGACAAGUCUCAGGUCAUGUUCGUGGCUCGAGUGCUGACCGGCAUCUACACUCAGGGCAACAGCAGCAUGAACGUCCCUCCUCCUCGAGACAGCCAGCAGCCCCACGACCGCUUCGACAGCGUGGUGGAUCGAAUGGACAAACCCCAGAUGUACAUCGUGUUUCAUGACAACCAGGCUUACCCAGAGUAUCUCAUCACCUUCAAAUCUUAAGAUGAGGGGUAAACAGGGGACCCUCCACCCCACCAGAGGCGCAUAUACAUAUGAACAACUACUGAACAAUUACUUCUGAUGAAGAGGUUUUGAUACUUAUUUAAUCACGGCAGACCUCAAACAGGCCAAGCAGCUAGUAGUCAGGCCAACCUCAUGGCUAACACUCCACAGGUGUGCUCUGCAGUCCAGCUGUACAAUCUGCACCAGAACACAAGAGGUAAGAUUAGCCAGGCGUUAUUGUUUAAGUUAGUGCAGAUCUCCUCCAGGCUGGAUUCAUUCCAUCAAAGAUGGAAUGAAUCCACCAACUCUGUACAGACACAUGUCAUGUAUGACCUGAAGCAUUUAUUUACACUUUCAACCCAUUUUCUGACAAAAAUUUUAUAUUGUUUAAGAAAAGGAUGUAUUAAGCAAGUGUAUAUUAUAUAUACACAACAACAUUUUGCAGUAGUAGGAGAAGUCUGCGUGUUGCUCUGUUUGACACAGAAUUGUGAAAAGAAGUUACUAUGAUCCCUGCUAACAGGGUCUACUCUAUAAAACAGCAGAGCUACUAACAGAACAGUGUUCAGGUCUGCAUGUUUAAACAAUAGCGCCUUAUUAUUAUUACCUGGUGAUUUAAUAGAGGUGAAACAUGAGCGAGAUAUGGACAAUUAGACACAUUUUCAAAGUUUUUUUUCUGUUUCCAAUUGUAUAAAAGGAAAGCAACAUGGCUAAAAUAAGUUUUACAUAAGGGUCGCAGACAUCCCACAUUAUUUUUGCUGUCUCAUUGUGUCAUCUCUUUAAUUAUUUCAGUAAACUUUGUGAAUUACUGAUUGCAUUUGAACACCUCAUAUUAAUGUCCAAGCUGCCUGAACCAGACUGGAGUGAACAGCAGCUACGGUACGGUUCAUGAGAGGAGCUGGUGAAGGACCGUGUUUGACUAAUGUUGGCCUCAAAAUGAAAACCAAACACCUCUGCUGGUCAUUUCUGCCUUAAAUAGCUGCAUAAAUACAGUAAAUCUCCGUGCGUAAUGGCACUGUGCUUUGAUGCGACACUUCUCUGGGACUGCGGAUCAAUCGGCGCAUCAGAAGCUCUUCAUUUAUUAUUUAGAUACAGUAAGAAUCGCCCACAUUCAUCGUCCAAUGCAGCCUGAAAUAUUUUGUAUUGAAUGUAUUUGAUGAUCGGCGACACACAGUCAGCCUUGAGCAAGUUACACACAGCAGGCAGCAGUAGCACAUAAUGUCAGUCUGCUCAGAUAUGCGUCUAUAAAAAUUUUAACUGCACUAACUUUACAGUAAAGCCUGGUGAUUCUGACCAACCAGCACCAGCAACAUCCACACAUUUAAAACUACAAGAUGGUGACACUGUUUUGAUGACGCCAGUCAAGUUCCAGUCAAUGUAUUCAAACUUCAAUCAAUAUAUUCUUUUUUUUUCCCUUGUCCUGUUCAGCAGCUGCAAUAUUGUAUGAUUGUAGCCUUUUACUAUCCGAA